AUGGCCGAGCUAGCAACCAAAGGCCAACAGGCCGCCACGACCGCCACGGCCGGCGUGAGCGACAAAGUGCAAUCGGCAACCACGGGCAUCCUCGGCCGGAUCGAGGGUCUGGGGAACUGGAUCGUGAUGAAAGGCCAAGCCAUCCUCGACCGCCUUAUUUCCCCCGAGCAGAGGGCGAAUUUGUUGGCCAAGUUGCAGGCGUUUAUGCUGAAGAAUCCCAAGUUAUCUGCAUUCCUCGGCAUGAACUUCGCCCUAACCGGAAUCCCCCUCUUCCUCUUCCUCCUCUUCACCCUCGUCGUCGCCGUCUUCGCCCUCCUCGUCGGCCUGAUCCUAGGACUCCUCGGCGCAGUCGUCUUCAUCCUCUUCGCCGUAGGAGUAGCGCUGUGUUUCGUCCUGCCUGCCAUCUUCUUCACCACCGGUGCAGCUUGCUUCCUCUUCCUGUGGGGUCUGGGCGGGUAUUAUAUCCUCAAGUGGGCGAAUGGCGACGGGGAUAAGAGUGGGAAGGAUGGGGCGCCGGGGACGGCGAUUGGAGACCGGUUGAACAGUUUUACUGGGGGUAGGUUGACCGGGUUUAUGGAUAUGGCGAGGGGAAAUAAUGAGAGGAAUGCUGAGGAUGGGAAGAAAGCGAAGGAGGAGGAAGAGCCGGGGAAGAAGGAGCCGGUGCCGCAGCUUAAUGGGAGUGCGGUGCAGAAGCAGGUUGGGGAGCAGGUUGGUGGGGUUACAAAGGCGACGGGGGUGGAGAGGGUGCAGGACAAGGUCGGCAGCGUGAAGGGGACUGCUACAGGUGGAUUGGGCGGGAUGACGGGUCUGGCAUGA